AUGCACCAUAGUGAUGGCUUACGCUUAGAUAAUGAUGCUCAAUCAUUCGUUGACGUCCACUUCGCACCCGAAGGGAAGACACACGCAAAUUUUAAUAAUUCUAAUGAUAAUUUUAAUAAUGAUAGUUGUAAUUUUAAUAACAAUCAUACAGACACUGUUAAAGAGUUUUAUGAAACUGUUGAUGAAGAAAUGCCGGGUAGAGGUAAAUUUGUGUCUUCGCCUUCUUUAUCUCAUAAAUCAAUCCAAAAUGAGAGAAAUUUUGUAACUGAGGAUAAAAAAUCUUCAAAGAGAGGCUCGAAAAAUAGCAUUGAGAAUUAUUAUGAAAAAUACAGCGUACAGACGGCUAAAAUACUUAUUAAUACUUUGUUUUUGCCUAGUCAGAAAAUUUGUCAGUACUGCGCUGUCGCUAAUAAGUCUGUUGUCUAUAGUGACAGACUGGUCUACGAAAAUCGGUUCCUCGAGGCAAGACUAGUUGAUUGUUUCUGUCAAUUUUAUACAAAGCAACUGAUUUUUAAUCAGAAAAAUUUAUUUGGUGGCGAUUCUCGGGAUUACAUGCCAGUUUUUAAUGUCAAAAAGACGAACCAUUCGGGAUUGAGUUACUCGCUAGUGGAAGAGCCGGAUAUCUUUGAUUUAAAUACACUUGGGCCUAGUAUUUUACUGGUUGGUACUCUUAAUGAUCUUGACACUGAGGGAGAAAGUAAAUUAGGGAAAAUUGAUAAUUUGGUGAGCAAUCAUGGAAACACUGAUUAUUAUCAUCGUCGGAUGAUUGAUAAUUGCUCGAGGAUAUCACGGAAGAAUAUUUUCAGACCCAAAGUCUUUAAUAAUGUUAAUUUAGAGGCAAGAUUGAGAAGCGAAGAGGCUAAAAAUGUGGACUGCGAUGAUGAAAUUCAGUAUUGGAUGGAUUUUAAUGAAGACACAAGGCUUUUAAGUACGAAGAAUAGUGAUGAGAUGUUUAAUUUAUCCGCUGCACGUUUGCACAAUCAUAAUUAUAAUUACAGUCAUAAUCAUAGAGCUAGUUUGCUAAUGCUUGAACCGAUUUUAAUGAUGCCGGACUUGGAAAAUACUAAUAAAAGACGCUCUAAUAAAAAACGUAUCACUCGCUCAGAACACGUUAAAAUUGUGAGGAUUGUUAUCGCUUAUACACUCUCCUUUUUUUUGUUAGCUAUUGUUACAUUUUAUAUUGUUUAUUUUGUCUGAAAAAUUUCCUAAGGUAAAAGCCCCCAUUAUUGACACUAAGAGUGAUCAUGAAUAUUUGAAUUUUUUUAUCGUGUUUCAAAUCAAUAUUGUCAACUUUUUUUUUAUAAGACACCUUAAUCAUUGUUUUUACUUAUAUAAUUUAAUUAAUUAACUUUAAUAGCAAUACAUUUAAUAAUUAUUAUAUCAACCUAAAACCAAUGGGUUGAAUGUAUGUGUUAUUGACAGCGCAAAAAAUUCAAAGAGCUGAUUAUCGACAUUUUAUUACAGUUAAAUUUAUAUUAACAAUAAUCAUUUUUACUAAAUA